CUGCCGCGACGAGUGGUGCGAGCACCAGGGUGGAACCCCGCAGGCGGAGCGCGUCUGUUUUCGGCUCGGCGCGCUCUCCCUCGGAUUUGGCGUCCUGCACGUGGCCGGGCUCGGGCCCGCGCGUUCCCACAAGGCCCUGGGAGCCGGCGGAGGUCGCGCUCCAGCCGCUGAGGGCCCGAGUUGGGGUGCCGGUGACUAGGGGUGCAGAGAGACCGGUCUACGCAGCGCGCUACGGUCGCUUCGGGUACCGACACUCGGCGGUAAACCCAGAGACCUAGGCUCCAGUGUUUUUCAGCUGGUUGGGUUGGUCUGUUUUCCCCGUUCGUGGUAUUCCGUUCAAGAGUUAAGGUUCUUCGCGAGGUUUUUUGGUGCCGGACAGGCUAAAUUAAAGGUCCAGGUUCUUAUUCUGCUUGUGCGAAAGAUUUCGGACAGGGGACGCAAAGAAAGAUUCCCGUCGUAACUUAAAGGGAAAUAUUAACAAUGUCCGGAGCCCUUGAUGUCCUGCAAAUGAAGGAGGAGGAUGUCCUCAAAUUCCUUGCAGCAGGAACCCACUUAGGUGGCACCAACCUUGACUUCCAAAUGGAACAGUACAUCUACAAAAGGAAAAGUGAUGGCAUCUACAUCAUAAAUCUGAAGAGAACCUGGGAGAAGCUUCUGUUGGCAGCUCGUGCCAUUGUUGCCAUUGAAAACCCAGCUGAUGUCAGUGUCAUAUCCUCCAGGAAUACUGGCCAGCGAGCUGUGCUGAAGUUUGCUGCUGCCACUGGAGCCACUCCUAUUGCUGGCCGCUUCACUCCUGGAACCUUCACUAACCAGAUCCAGGCAGCCUUCCGGGAGCCAAGACUUCUGGUGGUUACUGAUCCCAGGGCUGACCACCAGCCUCUCACAGAGGCCUCUUACGUUAACCUGCCUACCAUUGCUCUGUGUAACACAGACUCUCCUCUGCGGUAUGUGGACAUUGCCAUCCCAUGCAACAACAAGGGAGCGCACUCAGUGGGUCUGAUGUGGUGGAUGCUUGCCCGGGAAGUUCUGCGCAUGCGUGGCACCAUCUCCCGUGAACACCCGUGGGAGGUCAUGCCUGAUCUCUACUUCUACAGAGAUCCUGAAGAGAUUGAAAAGGAAGAGCAGGCGGCAGCUGAGAAGGCUGUGACCAAGGAGGAAUUUCAGGGUGAAUGGACUGCUCCAGCUCCUGAGUUCACUGCUGCUCAGCCUGAGGUGGCGGACUGGUCCGAAGGUGUGCAGGUGCCCUCUGUGCCUAUUCAGCAGUUCCCCACUGAAGAUUGGAGUGCUCAGCCUGCCACUGAAGACUGGUCUGCAGCUCCCACUGCUCAGGCCACCGAGUGGGUAGGAACAACCACUGAGUGGUCUUAAACUGUUCUUCCACAAACUCUUAAAAUGGAAAUAGGUUGAUGGAAAAUAAACAGUUUCUAAAAAU